UCUCCGCGGACCAGACCGGCUGGGGGCUCCGCCCAGCCCGACGCCUGGUCCCUGGGCUCCAGCCCUCUCACAGCCACUCUUCCCCGGGCGCGAGUCAGCGGCUUUUCGGGGGCAGCGGGUCCGCGUCCAGGUCCAGGGUCUGCCAUUUUCAUUAGUCACUGGAGGUACCACAGUAAAGGAUAUUUGCUAUAUUUAAUAUUUUCCAGUUCAUAUUAUGGAGACACAGGGAGCAGCAAGAAUGGGUUCACAAAAAUACAUGAUGUUUUUAAAGGAAAUGUCCCAGUUAAUUUUGACUGAAAUGCCGAAAGCUAACUAUGACAGUUUGUUCAAUGACUUUGUUGAGUCAGAAUUUUUCCUGAUUGAUGGAGAUGCAUUGCUGAUCACAUGCUUCCUUGCACAGUCAUUCGAGCCGGGACAGAAUCUCCACUUCUUCUACCUGGUUGAGCGGUACCUUGUGGAUCUUAUCAGUAAAGGGGGACAGUUUGCCAUCGUUUUCUUCAAGGAUGCUGAGUACGCAUAUUUCAACUUCCCCGAACUUCUGCCUCUGAGGAGGGCUUUAAUUCUACACCUAGAGCACAAUACCACCGUCGACGUUCGAACAACUUUCUCUGGGUGCUUGUCGCAGGAGUGGCAGACUUUCUUGGAGGACAGUUACCCGUAUUUCCUGAUAGUGGCGGAUGAAGGCCUGAACCACCCCCAGACACACCUCUUCAACUUCUUAAUCAUUCAGUCUUGGGCGAUGAAGGUCAAUGCUGUGCUCUCCUCAGGCCAGGUGUCCGAUUUCCUUCGACUUUAUGCGUAUUUCAUGCCAAGCAAGCACAAGAACCAGAUGUUUUUCCAGAAGAAUAAGAAUAACAUUGAAAAUGCUUAUAAAACCCUGAUUAAGAAAUUGGAAGAAUGUCGAGUUUUAGCAUUGGGACAUCUUUUUGGAAAUUUUAAAUGGGAAAAUAUGAUGGAAGAGGCACGUGAAGUCAUGUCUCUGCUUAAGGAGCUGUGGCCGGAAGGGUCUGACAUUCGACGAGUUCUUUGUGUCACUUCAUGCUCGUUGUUCUUGAGUUUGUACCACAACGUCUUAGAGAACAGGUCGCAGACUCCCGCUGCUCAGAAAACUAACACCCAACAGGGGGAGCGCCGCGGCCCGGCCCUGAGGGAGGCGGAGGACCUGUGCAGGCUGUGCUGUCUCACUGCGGUUUUCCUGCUCCGCGCGCCUCUUCCCCAGAGAGCCCGCACCAGAGUCGUGGCUUCCCGCUGGACCGAGGAAAUUCAGACCGCCUUACAGAUGAAAAGCUGGUGUGACUAUUUCAUCCUAAGUAAUAUAAAUGUUUUUGAAUUUUGGAAUCUGAAUUUAACUCACCUUUCCGACUUAAGUGAUGAGCUUUUGUUGAAAAAUAUAGCAUUUUACUAUGAAGAAGAAAAUGUUCAAGGUCUACAUUUGAAUUUGGGAAAUGUCAUUACGAAGGAUUAUGAACACCUCUGGGAUACUGUAUCAAAAUUGGUCCGAAAGUUUGAUGUUGGAAAGCCAUUUCCUCUGAGAACAACAAAACUUCCUUUUCUUAAAAAGGCUCCAUCACCGAUCAAAGAUACCUUCAAGGAAAAGAUGCCUGAUUUGGGUUUUAUUCCAAUGUCAUGUCAGGUGGUGGAUAAGUUUGUUGGAGACAUUUUGAAAGAUUUGCCCUUCCUGCUGAGUGACGACCCUGCUGUAACUUCGCUGGUCAGACAGAAGGAAUUUGAUGAACUCGUGCACUGGCAUUCCCACAGACCCCUCAGUGAUGACUACGACAGGACAAAGUGUCAGUUCAAUGAAAAACUUAGAGAUCCUCAUUAUCUCAGAUCUGUGCAAAAGUAUCACGUUUUUCAGCGAUUUUAUGGGAAGUCACUAGAAUCAGUCUCUUCAAAACUUCUUGUAACUCAAGCCACCAAGCCCAAGAGGAAUUUCUGUGAACCCAAGAGCAAAAAGGCACAGGAGACCAAGGCUGAAAUAAUCACUAGAGAGAAUAAGAAGAGGUUACUUGCCAAGGAGGAGCAAAAAGAAGAGAAAAAAUGGGAUGUCCUGUCAUUUUCUAUUGAGGAAGAGAUGCAAGAGAAUUUGAGCUCUGGAAUAAAAAACCUGGAAGACUUUCUGAAAUCGUGUACAAGUAGCUCGGUGAAAUUUCGGGUAGAAAUGGUAGGCUUAAAGGCCUGCUUGAAAGCGUGGAAAGAGCAUUGCCGAGGGAAAGGUGAAACCACAAAAGAUAUAAGUAUAGCUGUUCAAAUGAUGAAGAGGAUCCACUCUGUGAUGGAAAAGUACCCAGAACUUUUGCAAGAGGCAGACCAACAACUCAUAGCCAGAUGCCUUAGGUAUUUAGGAUUUGAGGAGUUGGCAAGUUCUGUGCAUCCAUCCCAGGUCACAGGAAAUGACAUAAAAGAGAAGAAAAAGAAUAAAUACUCAGUUGGCAUUGGGCCAGUUCGGUUUCAGCUGCAGCACAUGGGCCAGUAUUUGGUACGAGAGGAGAGGAAAGACCCAGACCCCAGGGUUCAGGACUUUAUUCCUGACACUUGGCAGAGGGAGCUCCUGGAUGUCGUGGACAAUAAUGAGUCAGCAGUCAUCGUAGCCCCCACAUCCUCAGGGAAGACCCACGCCUCCUACUACUGCAUGGAGAAGGUGCUGCGAGAGAGCGAUGAGGGGGUGGUUGUGUACGUGGCCCCCACCAAGGCCCUUGUGAACCAAGUGGCAGCCACGGUUCAGAACCGUUUUAACAAAAGUCUGCCCAGUGGAGAAGCUCUGUGUGGGGUGUUCACAAGGGACUAUCGACACGACGCCCUCAACUCUCAGGUACUUGUCACUGUGCCUGCCUGCUUUGAAAUCCUGCUGCUGGCUCCUCAUCGCCAGGCGUGGGUGAAGAGGAUCAGAUACGUGAUAUUUGAUGAGGUCCACUGUCUUGGUGGAGAAAUCGGAGCAGAAGUCUGGGAGCAUCUUCUGGUCAUGAUCCGCUGUCCCUUCCUGGCUCUAUCAGCCACCAUAAGCAACCCCCAGCAUCUCACUGAGUGGCUUCAAUCAGUAAAACGGUACUGGAAACAAGCAGACAGUAUGAUGGCAAAGAACGCUGCCUCUCGGAGAAGCGCUGUUACCCGCACCGGUGUGCACAGAGACUACGCACUACCGAAGCAGUCUUACAAAGUGAGACUUGUGCUCUACGGGGAGAGGUACAAUGAUUUGGAGAAGCACGUAUGUUCGAUGAGAGAUGGUGGGAUUCAGUUCGACCAUUUUCACCCAUGUGCUGCGCUGACCACGGACCACAUUGAAAAGUAUGGAUUCCCUUCUGAUCUUAGCCUGUCACCUCGAGAAAUGAUCCAGCUUUAUGACACUAUGUCUCAGUUCUGGGAAGGCUGGCCCAGGGCUCAGGAGUUGUGUCCAGAGGAAUUCAUUCAUUUUAAGAAUAAAAUAGUCAUCACAAAGAUGGACACUAGGAAAUAUGAAGAGAGCCUCAAGGCAGAACUGACUGGCUGGGUGAAGAGCGGCCACGCCUGGGAGGCCAGAACAGUCCUGCGGAAUCUUCGUCCAGUUUCGGUUGUUAGUUCAGAAAACAUGGCAGAUCUGUUUCCACUUCUCGUUGAAAAGCUCAGCCAGAUGAAAAAGUUACCUGCACUAUUUUUUUUAUUUAAUUUAGGGGAUGUUGAGCAAAGGGCAGGAAGUGUGAAAACUUUCCUGGAGCAAAAGCAGCAGAUAAAAAGGCCCCCCAAGGCUGACAAGGAGGCCUAUGAUGUGGCCAAUAAACUUCGAAAAGUUAAAAAAUCCAUGGAGAAACAGAAGACAGUAGAUGGAAAAAGCCAGAAAACCCAGAAAAAUGGAUCAGAGCCUAAUCCAUGAUGCUGAAUAUGAUCAUCUGCUCAGGGUUCUUGAGAAGAACUUGGAGAUUCCUCAGGACUGUACCUAUGCUGACCAGAAGGCAAUAGACAAUGAGUCUUUGCAGAUGGUGUUUGAACGAGUGAAAUUCACAAGAAAAGGUGCAGAAUUGAAGGCUUUGGCAGGAAGGGGGAUUGGAUAUCACCACAGCUCUCUGAACGCCAAGGAAAAACAG